AUGUUUAAAAGAUCAAAUAACAAUAAUUAUACUUUAUUAUUGUUAUACAAUAUUAUACCAGGAGGACAUUCUCUGACUAAUAAUCUGUUUAUUAAACAGAUUAAAAAGGAUGAAGAUAGUUUAAUAGUUGAUGAUGUUGUUAAAAUUUCAAAGAAUGGUAGUUUAACUGUGAAAUCUAAUGUUUAUAAAAUCUUAUCUUUAUCAUCAAUUUUCUUAUUAAUUCCUGGAUCACACUCUAAAACAAUGAUUACUAU